GGCGGAACGGCGGAGAAAUAGUGCGCGGCGGAGUGAUCCGCGCCGCGGGGGGCGGGGCGCAGACGGCUAUAUAGGGGGCGGGAGCGGCGUGUGUGGCGUAGUUGGAGCCGGCUGAGGGCAGGGUGAGGUGCGCUGUGCUCGCGGGUCCUGUGGCAAACAUGCAGAUCUUCGUCAAGACCCUGACAGGCAAGACCAUCACCUUGGAGGUCGAGCCCAGUGACACCAUUGAGAAUGUCAAGGCCAAGAUCCAGGACAAGGAAGGCAUUCCUCCCGACCAGCAGAGGCUGAUCUUUGCUGGCAAGCAGCUGGAAGACGGGCGCACCCUGUCUGACUACAACAUCCAGAAGGAGUCUACCCUGCAUCUCGUGCUGCGUCUCAGGGGUGGCAUGCAGAUCUUUGUGAAGACCCUGACAGGCAAGACCAUCACCUUGGAGGUUGAGCCCAGUGACACCAUUGAGAAUGUCAAGGCCAAGAUCCAGGACAAGGAAGGCAUUCCUCCUGACCAGCAGAGGCUGAUCUUCGCUGGCAAGCAGCUGGAAGACGGGCGCACCCUGUCUGACUACAACAUCCAGAAGGAGUCCACUCUUCAUCUUGUGCUGCGCCUGCGGGGUGGCAUGCAGAUCUUUGUCAAGACCUUGACAGGCAAGACCAUCACCUUGGAGGUUGAGCCCAGCGACACCAUUGAGAAUGUCAAGGCCAAGAUCCAGGACAAGGAAGGCAUUCCCCCAGAUCAGCAGAGGCUGAUCUUUGCUGGCAAGCAACUGGAAGACGGACGCACCCUGUCCGACUACAACAUCCAGAAGGAGUCUACCCUGCAUCUCGUGCUGCGCCUGAGGGGUGGUAACUGAACUGGAGAUCUGUUGCUUGCUUCCAACUAGAAAUUUCUCUGCAGAUGUUCAUUCCAAUAAAGUUGUUGCAUCCACAAAA